CUUCACUCGGUCGCUUCGUCGCUUGUCGCUUCAGUUGAGUGGUGGCCGCGGCGUCAAUGUAACAUGUGCCAUGUUAUCGACUUUAUUUAUUUUAAGUUCGUUGCCGGUGGCAGUAAAGUAAAUAAUACUGACUGAGCGCUUGCGCUUACUUAUGUUAUCACAGUCAAGAGUCCGUGCUAGUUCUGGUGUAAACAGAUAACAUAGAUGCAGUGAGUGUGAAAAAGUGUUUCUUGAUGUCUGUUUUGGUUUAUGGAAAUUAGUGUUUUUGGACCUCUCUGGCGUGGCGUCUCUAUAAUACAGGGAGUGCAAGCAAGCGCCGGCGGGCGGCAUUCGUGUUUCGACCAGUGUUGCCAGGUUGCAGGUUUUUAUCAGAGCAAUGUUGGAAAUAAUAUAGAAACAAAAUGAGCGAAGCAAAUGCAACAGAAAAGCUGUUUAAUGGCAGACAAUCUCCAAGCCCUGAGGAAUCACAUGAUACUGAUAUUAAAGACGAUAUCAAUAAAUUAAACUCCAUAAAAUCAAAAGACAAUGAAAUUGUAGCGCACUACACUAAAGAAGACAAAGUUGACGAUGAUGAUUCGCGUCCUAUAGAACGGGUGAAGUUUGAAGGUGUUCAUGAUGAUGAAAGCAUCAGUGAAAGUUCCGACGAUUUAGAAGACUUAAAGCUUCCACCCAUUCCAGAUGGAGGUUAUGGUUGGAUAGUCGUAGUCGCGGCUUUUCUUGUAUGUGCAUGUGCUGAUGGAUUGGGAUUUUCAUACGGUCUACUUCAGGAAGAGUUCGCCGCGUAUUUUGAGGGUAACCAAUCAAAAAUCUCCUUGAUAGGAAGUCUGUUUAUAGCAACACCUCUUUUAGCUGGACCUAUAAUGAGUGCUUUGGUAGACAGAUACGGAUGCAGAAUAAUGACAAUGAUUGCUGGUGUCCUAUCAUCAGUGAGUUUUUUACUAGCUGCCAUAAGUAAUUCGGUGGAAAUGUUAUGUCUCACUUUUGGAUUCAUGGCUGGCUUGGCAAUGGGUAUACUGUACGUGACCGGUGUCGUAUCAGUAGCGUUUUGGUUUGACAAAAGAAGAAACUUAGCAUUUUCUCUUGCAUCCAGUGGAAUCGGUUUCGGUACUUUAAUUUAUUCACCAAUGACACAUUACUUUCUACAAAUCUAUGACUGGAGAAACACUGUUGUAUUACUAGCAGGUACUCUGUUAAAUAUGUGCGUGUGUGGUGCUCUAAUGAGAACUCCUGAAUGGCUAGAAAUAAAACAAAAGACAGAAAGGAGACUUUCGAGAUCGAGAAGAUCGUCGAGCGCUGGUUCUGUAUCGUCCUAUUCAAGGUCCGUUGGCGGAGAGUCAUUGUAUUUAACAGCUGAUGAGAUCAAAUCUCUUCUCAAAAGUGGAAAGAGCCCCGAGUACAUUUUACAUACUUUAGCUACAACUAUCGCUGAAGCUGAAGAGCUAGAAGCGACUACUCAAAUGAAUGCUGAUCAAAAUUGCAGACGUAUGUAUUCUGCCAUUCAUUUACCAACUUUUAUACAACACAAUGAAAAGGUGCCACCUGAAGUCAUCGAAAAGCUUAUGGAAAAUAAGAGACUAUACAACGUUAUAUUGCAGAACUAUCCUGAUUUGAUAACUCGACGACGGUCGGAAUUAAAUGUAAACGUUGAGACACCCCCUACUAUUGCAGCGAACGAACCUGCCAAAUUGCCUGUCCAAGUCAAACUCAAAAUGCCAAAAGAUGAUAAGGAGUCUGAGAAAACGAAAAAACUAGAAGAAAUUCCUUUAGACGCUACUGAAGAUUCUAAAAAGAACGAGCCAACUAACAGCAAGACGGAUAUUAAUAGUUCCCCCAAACACCACCACAAAGGUCAUCAUCACACUUCAAGUAAGAAUGUAACCGAUGCCAAAAGUAAUCAAGAAACAAAUUGGUUAGCAAGGCAAAUAUCUACUGACCACCAUUAUUUCAGGGAUAUGCCACUUUACCGCAAUACCAUGAUAUACCGCGGCGCUAUGUUAACAUUACCUCGGUACAGACUAAAGACAUCGUCGUUGCCGGACAUCUAUAGGAAUUCUAUGUGGUCUAUUGAUUCCGAAUCGGAUGUUGAAAUGAGAUGGUACCACCACUUUUGGGAGACAAUGAAGACUAGUUUCAAUUUCAAGAUGUUCACCGAGUUCCACUUCUUCAUGUUCAACUUGUGCGAACUAAUCCUCUCGGUGUGGUUCAUUGUACCGUACUUCUUCCUUAAAUCCUUCAUGACUACCAGGGACGUUGACGGAGCGGAAAUAAUGCUCAGCAUCAUUGGCAUUGCUAGUGCUAUCGGGAUUGUUGGUCUGGGUUGGACUGGAGAUCAACCGUGGAUGAACGUGAGCAAAGCAUUCUCCGUUUGCCUCAUCGUCUGCGGCCUUUCGGUUGGCGCGUAUCCUCUACUCAUCACCAACUUCUGGGCGCUGAGCGUCAACUCAGCAGUCUUCGGCUUCUCGUUCGCCAGCACGUAUUCCUACUCGCCGGCUUUGCUGAUGCAGCUCAUCCCGAUGGAAUACUUCACUGUGGCGUACGGGCUGGUUCUGCUGGCUCAGGGGAUUGGGCACUUAGUUGGACCACCUAUUGGAGGUAUGUUGUACGACGUAACGGGUAGUUGGGACCUUACGUUCUAUAUGGGUGGGAUAUGGUUGGUGGUAUCAGGUCUUUGUCUCGUGGUGGUAGCAUAUACCAGUAAUAGGAGAAUGUGCGGCGCCUCACCUCUACUGAACGAAAAGCAGAACACUGAGAACGUUGAAGUGUGAACAAAGCGACUUAGAUGCACCAUGAGACCAUUGGCCUACCUACUGUUGCAUCGAAGUCACGUCAAGAGAAUGUUCCUACUGUUGUAAAGAACGAACGCACAAAUUUGCUAGUUGAAUUUAAACUGAAAAUGCUUUCUGCUAACAAAGCAUCGAAGACAGACAAGAAACUAGAUGUCAGUUCUCUGGAAACUAAUGAGGAUUCCAUACAAUUCUUAUCUCAGGCUUAUCAUAGUUUGGUAACGCCAACUGACUACUAAGCAAACUGAUGUUAUCAUAAUAAUUAUCUAAAAUAACUGUAUCAUGCUAAACGGCUGAUGUGAUUAGAUUUAAAAAUACACAAAAAGGCAUUACUCUAGGUUAACACAAUUGUUAAAAUAAAUACCGCUGAAUAAUUGCCCAGUGAUAUGAAGUCCUAAUAGAACCAAUUACGGGUGAUGAUGUGGAAGUAGGAAGUUUUCCAAUAAUAUGUUUUGAACCGGAUAAAGACAGGAUAUCGGCUACUACUGUGAAAUGAUAGAUUUUUUCUCAGUCUCAUAUUUCUUUUGUGAUAAUGAUGGUGUUUAAAGAUUCCAAUCAGUAGGUAACAUUACUAAAUAAAUUGUAAAUACCUACCAUAAUCCUGUAUCGAAACAUGAUACCUAACUAUUGUUUGGACUGAUAUUUAUACUAAAUUGAGGUACAAACUGUUCGUAGCUUACACGUAGUAAAUUAAGUAUUUAGAUGUUAUUCGUACUGUACGUAAGUAAGUAUAUUUUGUGAAUUAGAUAUUUUAUGAAGUAGUCCUUUACAUGAAAUAAUGUAUAAGAGUUAUCAAUGGAAAGACCCUAUAAAUCUAAAAAUAAAUCAAUUCAAAUCAAAAUCAAAUCUAUUAAAGCAUUAGGUAUAUUUAUCAAUUUUCACUUAAUAAAUAUGAUAGUCAACGUCACACAUAGAGAUACUUAUUUAAAUUAAAUUAACAAUACAGGUCAUCGUUUUGUUAUUAAGUACUAGUACUCACUGUGCCUGAACUAGAUAAUGGACUAAAUGUUGAUGGACUGAUAUUUAUGUUAUUAAGGUUUGAACUAAGUAUGUGUUGCUAUUAUAUCAUACAAACAUCAAUCUGGGUUAUUGUAUACAUCAGAUCAUCUGCAUAGAUGUUCUGUUAAACACUACACUAAUAGCAACACA